AUGGGCAGCUCUCUGUUUCAGCUCCCUGACGAGCUGCUCCUGACCACACUCACUCAGACCUUUCCCUGCCGAGACGCACAGAUCCGGACCCUAGCAACACUGCUUUGGCCAGGCGCUGCGCCAUGCCGGAACCUGGUCAUCUACGGCACCGAGGCGACGGGGAAGAGCGCAAUCACGGCAGCAUUGCUCGAGGGACUCUCAGACCAGCCUGAACAUGACGGGCUCAGUUUGCGAUAUGCGAUCGCCAACUCGGUAGAGUGCGUCACAAGCCGCCAUCUCUACGAAACCGUCGUGGGCAAAGUCGCCAUUGCCUUGAGAUGGGACGGCGCGCCGUCAAGAUGUGAGACGGUGUCGCAGCUGGCCGUCGAGCUGUCCAAGAUGCUCAGAUACACGCCCCGGCCCGACAGCUUCCGCUUCGUGCUCGUUUUUGACGGCAUCGACCGCCAGCGAGACACGCCUCACACUCUCCUCCCGGCCCUUGCCAGACUCUCCGAGAUCAUCCCCUCCCUCACGACAGUCUUCAUCGUGACCUCUCCGGCCCCGUCCUUUCUCCGCAUUUCCUCCGUCCCCCACCUGCACUUCCCAACCUAUUCCAAGCCCGAGUUCAUCUCGAUUCUCUCUACCACGCCUCCCGCUCCCCUUCCCAACACCACUCCCUCCGAAACCGCGGACCUCUGGGCGCGCUUUACCGCGGCCGUACACGACGCCCUGGCCCGUGCCGCCUCCCGCACGCUGCCGUCCUUCCGCCACGCCUGCACUGCCCUCUGGCCGCGCUUCACCGCGCCCAUCCAGGCCGGCACCCACACGGCACGCGAGUUCUCCAGGCUGCUCGUCGCCGCGCGCAUGCACUUCCAGGACGAGCGCCUGCUCGAUCCGGGCGUGCUCGGCCCCAAUCAUCGACUCGGCAGUGACAAAUAUACCACCACCACCAGCACUACCACUGGACCACCAACCGUGGCGCUGCCAAAGCAGGGAAGAACCGGGAUGGGGGCGGGAGCAAGAACAGCAGGACGCGACCUCGCCACUCUCCUCCCCACCACACCCCGCCUAUUACUCCUCGCCUCGUAUCUCGCUUCGCACAACGCCACGCGUCACGACCUGACCCUUUUCUCCACCCACCACCACGGCCGACGCCGGCGCGGCGGCCUUAGCAGCCGUGGCGGCGGGCAGCGGAGCAAGCACCGGAAGAUCGCGCGCAAACUACUCGGAGCACACGCCUUUGUUCUGGAGCGGAUGCUGGCUAUUUUCGCGGCGGUGCGCGGGGACUGGGAGGCUCGGGCUGCUGCUACCGUCACGGGAGGAGGGCGAAGAGGCGGAAGGUGGGAGGAGAAGGAGGAGCAAGGGAAUGCGGACAUCGGCAUGGCGAUUGCCACGCUCGCGAGCCUGCGACUGCUGGUCAGGGUUGGUGGCGCGGGGGAUCUGAUGGACUGUGGAGGGAAGUGGAGGGUCAAUGUCGGGUGGGAGGUCAUUAGGGGGUUGGGAAGGGCGGUGGGGGUCGAGGUUGAGGAGUGGUUGAUUGAUUGA